UGACAUUAAAUACACCGGUACACAAACACAACUGCUACCUUAUGUUUAGCAAUGCUACAUUCCCCCCUCCCUCAUUCCAUUCUAAGUUCCUCUCUCUCUCUCUCUCUCUCUCUAUCAGAGUGUAAGAACAGAGCUUAUUUCAGUUCCCACUAUUGGCGGUAUUAUGAAUCCUAUUAAUCUCACAUUCUCCAUUUCUCAUCAUUAAAUCCACCCCCACGUCAAAGAUGCCAUUUUUAUCACACACAAUUCCCAUCCUCCUCACUCUCCCCCUUGCUUCUCUGCUCUGCUCUCCAUCCCAAUCUCAAAUCCCUCCGCCGCUCUCCGCGUUCCUCAACUCCUCCAACCCCUGCUCCCUCCCGCCCUCACCCCGCCUCUCCAUCACCGGCGGCAGUCGCCUCCACCGCCCCCUCUCCGCCGCCUCCGCCGACGCCCUCUUCGCCGCCCUCUCCACUCUCCCCCACCUCACCUCCCUCUCCCUAGUCUCCCUGGGCCUCCACGGCCCCGUCCCGCCGCAAAUCCAUCGCCUCUCCUCACUCCAACUCCUCAACCUGAGCUCCAACUACUUAUCCGGGCCAAUCCCGCCACAGCUUUUGGCAAUGGGCAGCCUCCAAAAUCUCAUCUUGGCGGGGAACUCAUUCAACGGCACACUCCCCGAUUUCAAAUCUCUAACGGCUAUAACAGAAUUGGACCUGAGAGGGAAUAGAUUAGCAGGGGAGAUCCCACCUCCCCUGUUUUCUCAUCCAUCUUUGGAGUUCUUAGAUUUAUCCGGAAACACGCUAUCAGGGCACAUUCCGACCGAUCUUUCUUGCGGCGGUCGCCUUCGAUUCGUUAACAUAUCGGACAAUCUUUUGAUCGGAGCUCUUCCUUCUUGUUUUCGCACAGAUUCUCUGAACCGGGUUGUGAUUGAUAAGGCUAAUUGUUUAGAUGAUUCCAAGUACCAGAGGCCGAUUUCUUACUGUAAUCAGGGAGCAUUGGCCGCGAAUUUGUCGAGUCACGAAGAGAAGAGUGGAUCAAGGAGGAAAUUUGGUUUACUCUUCUGCGUUGUUGGGGGGAUCAUUGGUGGUGUAGCCCUGUUGGUUUUAUUAGUAGUGUUGGUAUUGAGAAAGUUGAGAGAAAAUCACCCAAAAAGAUGGACAUUGCUGAUAUCCGAUGCUCGGAAAUCCUCAAUUAUUCAAGUCACUCAUAGAAAUCCUGUGGACAAAAGGCAUGCAUCUCAAGCAGUGAUAACAGAAUCACUAGGACUAAUUCCUUAUCGCAUUUUUACAAUGAAGGAACUAGAAGAAGCCACAAAUAACUUUGAUGCAUCAAAUUUGAUGAGAAAUGGUCCUCACAAACAGUGUUACAAAGGUUUGCUCCAGGAUGGCUCAAUGAUUAUGAUCAGAUGUUUUGAUCUAAAGCAAAAGUAUUCACCUCAGAGCCUGGUCCGCUAUAUGGACACGAUAUCGAAGCUCAGGCACCAACAUUUGGUUAGCAUUAUUGGACACUGCACUGACAAUGGACAGGACAAUGCAAACACUACUGUAUUUCUUGUCUUUGAGUACAUAUCAAAUGGAACAUUGAGGAGUCAUCUUACAGAAUGGAGAAAGCGCAAGAUGAUGAAAUGGCCACAAAGAGCAGCAGCUGUUAUUGGCGUUGCGAGGGGAAUCAAGAUCUUGCACACUGUGACUGAUCCAGGAAUUGUGGGUAAUGAUCUCUCAAUCGAAAACAUUUUGUUGGAUAAAACCCUAAGGGCGAAAAUUACCGACUACAAUCUCCCUGUACUCCCAAGCGAUAAAACUACCAAGAGAGGUCCUGAUAGCACUUUUGCAGUGAUGGAAGACAAUGACCUCAGCAGUAUUAGUUAUGUGGAACGAGGUGAAAGAGAAGAUAUUUACCAGUUGGGCCUCAUUCUUCUAGAAACUAUCACUGGCAAAUCUGUCGAAUCGCAAGAAGAGAUGGAUGUUUUGAGAGUUCAGCUACAACAGAGCUUAAAUGAUGGAGCAGAAAAGCUGGAAGAAACGAUAGAUCGCGCAAUUCAUGGCACAUUCGCCCUCGACUCCCUGAAAACGGCAGUCGAGAUAACCCUCAAUUGUCUUUCUAAAGAUCCUAAGGAGCGCCCGUCAAUUGAUGAUGUUAUUUGGAAUUUGCAAUAUUCUGUGCAAGUACAAGAUGGCUGGGCUACCAGCGAGAAUGUAAUCAUUCAGUAGUAGAUCCUACUGGUUGACUCUCUAGGUUUUUUCAUGUUUGAUCUUGAGUUUUUGCCUCUUUUAUGAUGAUAAUUUUUGUAAAUUUAGACUUAGAACUUAUACAAAUAAUUGAAGUUGUAUUACCAUAA